AUGGACACACAAGCGCAGACACACUGGGAGAGACCAUUCAACUGCUCCGUGUGCAGAAAGGGAUUCGUUACUUCAUCCCACCUGCUGGAACACCAGCGAGUUCACGCUGACGAGAGACCUUUUAAAUGCCCAGACUGUGGGAAGUACUAUAAAAGUUCUGGGGAGCUAAUACGCCAUCAACGUGUUCACUCUGAUGAGAGACCGUUCAGGUGCUCUCACUGCGGGGCUGAGUUCAAGGCAUCAUGUGAUCUCACUAUUCAUUGGCGAAUUCACACAGGGGAGAGGCCGUUCACCUGCUCCGAGUUUGGAAAAGGAUUCACAACCUCAUCCAACCUGCUGGAGCACCAGCGCACUCACACUGGGGAGAGGCCGUUCACCUGCCUCAAGUGUGGGAAGAUAUUUGCUCAUUCGUCCACCCUGCUAAGACACCAGCGGUUUCACAAUGGGGAGAGACCGUUCAUCUGCUCCGAGUGCGGGAAGGGAUUCACGACCUCAUCCAACCUGCUGAAGCACCAGAAAGUUCACAAGUAACUACAAUGAUUGAAUUUUUCUGUUAAUCGCAUCCAGGACUGAACUUUGUUCAUUAGGGUCUGUUUCUGCUGAUGUUAAUGAACUCCAGCCCAGUUAUGUCUGUUAAUAUUGUGGAUAAAAGUCAAGUAAGUCAGCUUUGUGUUGAACGCACGCUGUGUAGAGCCUUUUUAAUAUCUCUAAAACAAGUUAGUUCCUUUUGAAGUGCUCUCCCUCUCACCCUGUCUCCUCCAUCCUCACCUCCAACAACAAGUGUGGGGAACUCAUGGAGCUUCUUUGUCACUAAGAUUGAGACAAUCCGAUCAGCUGCCUCUGCUGCUUCCCUCCCUUCCACGAGCCCACUGGGACAAACUGUCUCUAAAGUUCCCCCUUAUCUGAGCCUGAACCCAUAUCUUUCUUCAGUUUCUCUCCCAUCUCUCCUCUGCUCUCUCAGCACUCAUCUUGCCCAUGAGACCCACCUCCUGCUCCAUCCACUCUAUUCCCACUAAACUGCUGAUCACCCAACUUCCCCAUGUUCCCUGGUAUUGAUAAUGGUUACAUCUCUUCAAACCCUGUCCCUCUGUCCUUCAAAUCCAGCAUCAUCACCAUCUCCUCAAUAAAAUCAACCCUUGACCCCACUGUCACUGCCUGAUCUCCAACUUCCUUUUCCUCUUCGAAGUCCUGAAAUGUGUUAAAACUUUGAAAUUUCUGCCCCUCUUUGUUGGGACCCUGUUUGAAUCCCUCCAAUAAGAUUUCCACCCUUGCUCUCAUCAAAGUUACAAAUGACACCCUAUCCAGCAACGGCAAACUAUCUCAUCAUUCCUUUUGAACAUUCUUCAGUCUUCAACCGGUUAACCAAUCCAUCUUCCCCCAAUGCCUCUCCACUGUUCUCCAGCUGAUUGCGACUUCACACUCUGGUUUCUUCCUUAUAUAUAUAUAUUAUUGUAGCCAGAGAAUCACCUGCAGGAGCUGUGAAUAUUUGAUUUAUAUUUUUAUAUACUCACUGGAUAAAUAAUUUGGUCUCAAUAAACUAUACAAGAAUGCAUCGUUAUCACUGUGAUAUUACCUUGCAGGACAAGUCCUUCUAACUAGAGCAGCUCUUUUGGAUAAGGUCAUCAGACAAGAGUGAAGUCGUUGCUGUCCAUGACCAAAGCCCAGAGUGGUCCAAGCAUCUUGUAAUUACCAUUAAAAUGCAAUAUUCAGCAGAAAAAAUAAGGUCAUAGUGGGAAAAUGUUAAAAUUAAUGGCACUUUACUUAAAUGUAUGCAGGAUUUGCAGCAAGAUGGAUGAAUUCUUAACAAUUAGAAAAAAUGCCUGAUAUGAUAGAUAUUGAAGUAAUAGAGUGUGAAAGUGGCCACAUCUAAGGGAUGAAAAAUCAAGGCCACUUGACACUUUGGAAGGAAAGAAAAGGAGGUGGGGUAGCUCUGUUAAAAAAGGAUGAGACCAGGACAGUAGUGAGAAAUGAUCUUGGUCUGGAUGAACAAAGUGUAACAUCAGCUUAGGUGGAGACAAGAAAUUGCAAAUAAGACACUGGUAGGAGUGGUUAUUGGCCUCUGACUGUAUCUGUAAUGUAAGACAGAGUGUAAAUCAAUAAAUAAUGGGGGCUUGUUAUAAAGGUGCUGCAAUAAUCAUGGGAGGUUUUAAUUUUAAUUUGAAUUGGACCAAUAACAUUGGGUGAGUACAUGGAGUGUAUUCAGGACUGUUUCUUAGAAUAAUAUGUUCUGAACCAACUUAGAAAUGGGCUGUUUUAGACCUGAUAUCGUGUGAUGGGACAAAAUUAAUCCAUGCCAUCAUAGUACGGGAUCCCCUAGAUCAAAGUGAUCAUAACAUAAUGGAAUUUCACAAUCACUUUGAGAGUGAGAUAUGUGGAUCUUAAACUUGUGGGCAUUUACAAUGGUAUGAAGACACAGUUGGUAAAAUACAUUAAAAGGUAAGAAAGUUGGGAAAUAGUGGCAAAAAUUUAAGGAGAUAUUUCAUAACCAGCGAAAGAUAUAUUCCAUUGAGAAAGAAAGACUCUAUGUCAUGAAGGGAUAUUAAUGUAUAUAAUAUU